AUGAUUCAGCAAAAUCAGAAUCCUACUACAGUCACUUGUAAUGCAUUGAUGGAUGGGUAUUGUUUACAGGGUCAAAUGGGUGAGGUAAGGAGAAUUUUUGAUAAAAUGGCUGCUAGCGGCCUUAGUCCUGAUGUUCAAAGCCAUAAUAUAUUGAUAAAUGGCUAUAUGAAGAAUAUGAAAGUGGAACCGGCCAUGAAUCUCUUCCAAGGGAUCCGACAUAAAGGGUUAACACCGAAUGUUGUUACCUAUACCACUGUCCUGCAGGGUUUAUUUAGUGUCAGGAGGUAUCUUACAGCAAUCGAAGCUUUCGACGAGAUGCGAGUUGCUGGCUUAAAACCUAAUUUUCACACUUACACUGUAUUGUUGGAUGGUUUAUGCAAGAAUUCACAUGCUGAGGAAGCGCUUCAAUUUUUGCACAAAAAGGAAGUUGAUGGAGUAGAUUGUCAGAUAACAAUGUACAACAUCGUCCUUGAUGGAUUGUGCAAAUGUGGGAAGCUUGACAGCGCCCGGCAUCUUUUCUAUAGUCUCUCUUCUAAAGGAUUGGAUCCUAAUGUUACCACAUAUAACACGAUGAUAAAUAGCCUCUUUUCAGAAGGAUUACUACAGGAAGCCAAAGUGUUUAUUAAGAAAAUGGUUGCACACCAGAUCUAA